AUGUCGCUUUAUUCUGAAGUCACGUUGCAUGGCGGCAUUCUAGGAAACUUUGAAGUAAUUUAUCCUUUUCAGAUCUGAUUAGAAAAUUUCGUGAUGACAAAUUCUGUAUUUCCGUAUUUAUGUCCAAAAUGCAAUCGACAGUAUGCUGGAAUAGGAACCUCAAAACAAGUAUCUUCUGUUCAGUAUCCAUUAAUCAUCAAGUGUGGUCAUACUUUAUGCAAGAGUUGUAUUGAGACAGCUGCUAGACUUGAUAAGUCUAUAGUUUGUUCUAUAUGUGAGGAAAAGACAGAGCUUCCAGAUGGACAAAAAAGUGUUGAUUCUCUACUUUCGGAUCUGUACAUUCUAGGUAGACUUUCUGUUCCAGAUCAAAAUUUUAGGGAGAGGCCAAAAAAGGAAAAAGAUACUUCUAAAUUAAAUUUACAGUCAUCUAGUUCUAAUAAUGGUAAGUGAUAAAAUUAUAACUUUUAUCAU